AUGCCGAUCGUGUCUAUUUCUCAAUCGGUUUUAUUCCACAAACUUCAAAAGGAAUAUUCUCAAGAAGAAUUUGAAGAAUUGUGCUUCAGUUAUGGUCUCGAACUGGACGAAGUUGUGACCGAAAAAGAACUAGUUACUAGAGAAAAGGGAAAGGAAAAGUCUAAAGGGUGUAGUACGGAGCCGGUUUAUAAAGUCGAAAUACCUGCUAAUCGUUAUGAUUUACUUUGUCCUGAGGGUUUAUCUCGAGCUCUUAUGAUAUUUGAAUCAAAGAUCAAGCCUCCGGUUUUUGUCACUAAAAAACCCCAAAAUCUCAUUCAAUUGCACGUUUUGCCGUCGACCCAAAGUGUUAGACCUUUUGUCGUUGCUGGUGUAUUAAGAAACAUUGUGCUGGAUGAGUCUAAGCUCAAUAGUUUCAUUGAUUUACAAGAGAAGCUCCACCAAAAUUUGUGCAGAAAACGAUCUUUAGUGGCCAUUGGAGCGCAUGAUUUGGACACUUUAAAUCCACCUUUCUUCUAUGAUGCUAAAUUUCCUAAAGAUAUUCGCUUUAAAGCAUUGAACAAAACUGAAGAGCACAGUGCUGAAGAACUAAUGCAAAUAUUUUCUAAUGAUUCACAUUUAAAACAAUAUCUCUCAUUGAUUCAAGAUAAACCUAAAUAUCCAAUUAUUUUCGACAGUUCCAAUACCGUUCUAUCGAUGCCUCCAAUAAUAAAUGGUGAACAUUCUCGUAUCUCUACUAAAACACGGAACAUUUUUAUUGAAGCAACUGGAACUGAUUUACACAAAUCUAUUGUUGUUCUCGACACACUUAUCACAAUGUUCUCAGAGUAUUGUGAAGAACCAUUUACCUCUGAAUCUGUCGAAGUUAUUCAACAUGAUGGCAGUCGUUAUUUAUAUCCACGUCUAGAUUAUCGUGAUGAAGUUGUCAGUAUUGAUUAUAUCAAUCGUCAAUUAGGUACCAAUUUUUCUGAAACAGAAGUGAUCAAUUUAUUAAAUCGUAUGGGUUUCACUUGUACAACUGUAUCAUCAAAUCAAUGUAAAGAUUCAACUUCAGAUAUAUUAACAACAGGUCAAAAUGCAACUGGUCUAAUCUCUGUAAGAAUACCACCUACAAGACAUGAUAUUUUACAUGCAUGUGAUAUAGCUGAAGAUGUUGGAAUUGCAUUCGGUUAUGAUAAUAUACCUGAAUCAUUACCACAAACCUAUUGUGUAGCUGGUAAUCAACCAAUCAGUCGGUUGACGGAUCUUAUUCGUGCUGAAAUAGCUCAAAUGGGAUUUACUGAAGCAUUAAGUUUCUCAUUAUGCUCCAGGGAAGAUAUCAGUACUAAAUUGAGACAAAAAUUAGAUGAUAUCCCAGCUGUACACAUAUCUAAUCCUAAAACGCUUGAUUUCCAAGUUGUCAGAACCAGUUUAUUACCAGGAUUGUUGAAUACAUUAGCCAGUAAUAGAAGUUUACCAUUACCUUUGAAGUUAUUUGAAGUUCAAGAUAUUGUACUGAAAAACCCAUCUAAAGAUGUUGGUGCUAGCAAUCAUCGACGUAUUUGUGCAGUUUACUACAACAAAAAUUCUGGCUUUGAAGUAAUUCAUGGUUUGUUAGAUAGAUUAAUGCAAUUGUUACAAGUUGAAUCGAUUUUGUCAAAAACAACAAAGAAAUCUAAUGAUCAUGAGAAAAAAUCAAAUUUGAGUUAUAGAUUGAACGCUACAUCCGAUCCAACAUACUUUGAUGGUCGUUGUGCUGAUAUUAUAUUGGAGCCUGAAAGUAGAAUUAUUGGACGAUUGGGUGUUCUACAUCCUGAUGUUAUACGAAAUUUUGAGUUGACAAUGCCUUGUUCAGCUUUAGAUUUAGAUCUCGAAGUAUUUCUUUGA